GCUUCUUUCAAAAUCUAUGAUGGCUCGCCGUGGUUGAGGACGACUAGUUGGGCAACAAUUCGACUCCUAUGAAAGCCAUAAUGAGCCUUCGUCACACGGCACAGUCGGCGGUCGGCACGGCACGGUCCACUCCACGUGACUUCAUCUAUAUCCUGGCGUCUAAUUGACUUUUCGCGUUAAAGUUCUCUUCAAAAAUCGUCUUCAACAUCUCUAACCACUAUCUUCAUUUUGACUCUCGUCGAAACUUCUGCAUACUCUCUCAGCCUUGAAAUAUACUCUGCCAUGCCUAAAGAUACCACCCAACCCUCCGAUACCUUGAUUUUCAAUCGAAAGAAAUCCAGAAUUCCUCGACCACCGAACUCCUGGAUCCUCUUUCGCGCGGACAUGCUACACGAUCCUGACUUCCGGGCACAGUACCCGAACGCUCAUCAGCACGUUAUCUCUAAGGCACUUAGUGUGCUAUGGAGAAAUGCUUCAAAAGAGGUGAAAGAGGAGUACGAGCGCCGAGCUGAGGGAGCAAAAUUACAACAUAUGAUCUUGCACCCAGAUUAUGUGUAUUGCCCGCAAAGAAAGGUGAGGGCGGCAACAGUAGGAGGUAGAGAGGAAGACACGGGGAAAUCUAGACCUCGAGCGAAGCGCGGACAUAAAUCGAAGUGCAACGACGAUGGCUCAACACAAUCGUUUGAGUCAAUUAAUAACGAUCAUCAAGCGUGUUCGACCGGUCUUCGAGCCUCAUCUACAUCUCAAGAACCUCUCGCAGCGCUUCCUGUUCCUCUCAUCCCCUUCACUUCGCAAACCUACUCCGAAAUCUCAACCACUCACGGAGACCACUUCACGCCACCAAACCCUCAUUCCAUCUCUCAUAAUUCUAAUCUUGUUUCUGAAACACAACAAAGUUCUGCUUCCCAAUCAAACUCGCC